AUGGUCAGGUGCAUGAUCAUGGACCAUCCUAAGUCGUUAUGGGGAGAAGCAUACGCAACAGCUGUCUACCUUAAAAACAGGCUACCGCACAGUACGCUUAAGGGAAAGACCCCCUUUGAAGCCCUGAAAGGAACCAAGCCAAGUAUACAACACCUUCAACCAUUCGGUAAAAAAUGCUAUGUCCACAUCCCAGAAAACUCUAGGCCAGCAGGAAGCAAACUAGCACCCCGAGCGUAUGAAGGAAUCAUAGUUGGAUACUCAGACAGUAAUAAAAUAUACCGUAUCUGGAUAGGAACACAACAUAGGGUAAUUGAAAGUCGGGACGUCACAUUCCCCCCUCCUGAAUCAGGGGAAGUCUCAGUGGAACUCGACUUCAUCCCCAGCCUGAAACCAGAAACGGCAAAUGCACCAUCAGACGACGGAUACGAAUCAGAAGACAGGUCUGAUCCAGAACCCGAGUCAAAUGCAAUCGAAGAAAACCGUACAGAAAUGCCAGGAUUGUUCCCGGAAUCACCGGAACAGGUUAGACAACCACCACCGGCUACACCACACAAGGGAAAACAACCUGCCGUACCUGUGGGACAACCGCGAGACCCAAGAGACAACUGGGAAAAAAUUCCAGCACCAGUCGUACCAUUCAAAGGCUUCAAAGGAAAACCACUCGUGUCAACGACACCCAAAGGUACACCACCACAACCUCCAAAACGAUCAGAUCGAAUACGCCAGCGAAAAAAUAGAGAAAUUGAAAUGGAAGUACGAAGGAAAGAGUAUGACGAAAAGGUAGUAGAACAACAGAAGUUACUUGCAAGUUAUAUCGAAGAUGUGAAAGAAAAUGGCCCAGGAGACAAAGCCACUGAACAAGAAUUAAUCGAUCAAUACAAAGAAGACUUCAGACGUUAUAGGGCUGAGUUAGACACGGAAUAUCGAGACAUAUCCAAACUCCCCCCGAACUAUCAAAUACACCUCGUAACAGAACCUUCCACCUUCAAUCAAGCUAUGCAGAGCGACGAUCAACACCUAUGGAAAAAGGCGAUACAGACUGAGAAAGACGCCCUUGACAAAGCCCACACCUGGGAUAUUGUCAACAGACCAACCAACCGAGCAGUAGUCAAAGGAAAAUGGGUAUUCAAAGUGAAACACAAUGCGGACGGAACAAUCGAGCGGUACAAAGCAAGGUACGUUGCUAAAGGCUUCACCCAAGUACAGUACCAAGACUACGAUGAGACCUUCGCCCCCGUUGCACGAUAUGAUUCUCUACGACUCCUACUGGCACUAGCUGCACACAACGGUUGGAUACCACAACAAAUGGACGUCAAGUCAGCCUUCCUGUAUGGUGUACUCAAGGAGGAAAUCUAUAUGGAACUGCCUGAAGGCUACAGGCAGGACAACAAGGUUUGUAAACUUCGAAAAUGCAUAUACGGACUAAAGCAAUCACCCCGUGAAUGGUAUGCUUGCCUAGCAGACUCCCUUCAACGGAAAGGAUUCGUCCCAGCCAAAUUCGACCCAUGUGUCUUCAUACAUAAGAACCACCAUCUAUACAUAUCGGUGUAUGUAGAUGACAUCAUGAUAUUUGGACCCGACUCCCCAUUCAGAAAAGAAAUCAGACAACUACUCAAGGCAGAUUUCGAAUGUACGGAUCUCGGUAACUCGAAGUUCAUACUGGGAAUAGAAAUAACGGUAACCAACAACGGUAUCACUCUAUCACAACGCGCAUACAUCAACAAGAUCCUGGAUAAAUUUGGAAUGAGUAACUGCAAACCAGUUGGCACACCACUCGAACCGAACCUCAACCUUCACAAAGGCGAACCGGAAGACCAAAUCGAGAAACCAACUGAGUACCAAUCCAUAAUAGGAUCACUGAUGUACGCGAGUAUAGCUACCAGACCUGAUAUCACCCAUGCCGUUACCGCUCUCUCCCAGUACUCCUCAUGCCCAACCGAGGACCACCUACGAGCAGCCAAGCGAACUCUCCGUUACCUCAACGGAACCAAAGACUGGAACCUGUUCUACCCGAAGGGGAAUACUAGAACUCUCGACGGAUUCUCAGACAGCUCCUACGCUUCAGACCUAGAUGACAGAAAAUCGUUCUCAGGAUACGUGUUCAGACUAGGGAAGUCAGCCAUCAGCUGGAGAAGCCGGAAGCAGAAAUCAGUCGCAGUCUCAACAACAGAAGCCGAAUAG